AUGAGCUCUAGCUCCCAGAUCCGCCGAAACUUCUCCUCUGAGGCCGAGGCCGCCAUCAACCGCCUGGCCAACCUGUACCUGCAGGCUUCUUACUCGUACCUGUCCCUGGGUUUCUAUUUCGAUCGGGACGAUGUCGCCCUGCCUAGGGUGUCGCGUUUAUUCAGUGAGCUGGCGAAGGACAAACGCGAGGGUGCCGAGCGCCUUAUGAGGCUCCAAAACCCGCGUGGGGGCCGUGUCCUCCUCCAGACUGUGCAGAAACCUGACCAAGAUGAAUGGGGCCGCAGCUUGGAUGCCAUGCUGGCUGCCCUGAACAUAGAGAAGGACCUGAAGCUGCACGCCCUGGGAUCGAGCCAAGGGGAUCCACACCUCUGUGACUUCCUGGAGAGCCACUACUCGGGUGAGGAGGUGAAGCUUCUGAAGUGCUUGGGCAACCACCUGACCACCCUGCGCAACCACCUGACCACCCUGCGCCAUGUUCAGGCAGACUCCCAAUCCGAGCUGGGGGAGUGCCUUUUCCAGAGGCUGAACCCGAAGCAUGAGUAG